AUGUCGCUAAAGGUAACCAAGAUAUCCCGAGUCAAACCAGCAACAAACUCCUCUCAGGAUUCAGUCGACUCGCUCGUUCUUCCACUCACUUUCUUCGACUUACGCUGGUUGAGAUUACAUCCGACCGAGAGAGUCCUCUUCUACGAACUCCAUGCAGACUCAUCUCGAGAGUCCUUUCACUCCGUGGUCCUCCCCAAGCUUGAGCGCUCUCUCUCCGUCGUCCUCUGUCACUACCUCCCGCUCGUAGGUCGCCUCACGUGGGAUCCACAGGAUCCUAAGCCAUGCAUCGUCGUCUCACCCAACGACUUUGUCUCAUUGACAGUUGCGGAGAGCGACGCUGAUUUUUCACGUGUUUCAGGAAAAGGGAUACUUCCCCAGACGGAGGUACGUUCUUUGGUGCCUGAGCUUCCGUUUUCUUGCGACUCGCCGUCUGUUCUUGCGCUACAGGUCACGUUGUUCCCGAACCAAGGGUUAUCCAUCGGCAUCGCAGCUCAUCAUUCCGGUAUGGACGGCAAAACAAUGGCUAGGUUUAUCAAAUCAUGGGCUCACGUCUGUAAACACGGAACCAUUGCCUUACCUGUAGACUUAACUCCGUUAUUUGAUCGUACGAUCAUCAAUGUUUCUGAAAGUCUAGAAGCAAAAAUUUUGGAAUUUUCGUUACAUUUCUUAGGGGAGAAAGACAGCCUAAGAUCGCUGAAGCCGCCUCCUACCGUGAAGCCCAGCCUAGACUUAGUCCGCGUCACGCUUGAGUUGACUCGGAAGAACAUAGAGAAGCUUAGGGAGCGAGCCAAGAGUGAGUCAACUCGCUCUCAGCUUGAGCUUCAGUUGUCAACGUUUGUUCUUGCUUACGCCUAUCUAUGGUCAUGCUUGGUGAAGACGCGUGGAGGUGACGUGGAUAGACCCGUGCGCGUUGUGUAUCUUGCUGAUUUCAGGAACCGGUUAGAUCCACCGGUUCCUGAGAAUUACUUUGGGAACUGCGUGUUCAUGAUCGGUUGCUUUGGACACAAAGCGAAGACAUUCUUGGGGAAAGAUGGAUUCGUCAACAUGGUAGAAAUUCUUAGCGAUUCGGUCAAAGGUAUUGGUUCACAAGAUAUUGAAGCACUUUGCGAGUCGUACGUUGAAAGAACCAAGAGCGUGAAACCGGGUACGCAAAGUGGGUUCAUUGUUGGGUCGAACUGGUUUGGGCUAUAUGGGUCAGAUUUCGGUUGGGGAAAACCAGCAAAUAGUGCGACUGUGUCUAUUGACGGGAUGGAGGCGUUUGCCAUGUCAGAGAGGAAGGAUGAGUUAGGUGGCGUUGAGGUUGGCUUGUGUCUGAAGAAACGUGAGAUGGAUGUUUUUGUUUCUCUAUUUCAAAAUGGUUUGGAAAACUAA